UUUGAAUUCAAACUGACAUCUAACAUCUGCCUCACUGACAUGUUUUGAUUUUAAUUUUUCUAGUUGUGUUUUUAAAUAAUAAUUAUUUUCUGAUAAUUUAUUAAUACUUUUCUCCAUUCCCCAUGGCUGAUGAUAUCCUUUUCGAUCUUUUACACUCCGAAAUAAUAAAUUACACCUUACGAAAUGUGGACGAUAAUGAAAAAGAUAAAAACUCGGAUAAAAAGGACGAAGAUUUAUCCAACCUAGAAUACAUAGGUUUUUCAACUGGUUACAGGAUAAUUGAAAGAUUAACAAGAGAAAUGCCCAGAUUCAAAGACGAACUCGAUACACUGAAAUUUAUAUGCACCGAUUUCUGGUCAGCGAUAUACAAAAAACAAAUAGACAAUUUAAGAACAAACCACCAAGGAGUUUAUGUGCUGCAAGAUAAUGCUUUCAGAUUUUUAAACCGGCUCUCCAAUGGUAAACAAUAUUUAGAAGUAGCACCAAGGUAUGUGGCCUUUACUUGUGGUAUUAUAAGGGGCAGUUUGGCCAAUUUGAACGUUCAUUGUUUAGUUACCGCCGAUAUACAGAGUUUGCCUUCUUGUAAGUUUCAUAUCCAAGUCCAGAGAGUUUAAUACUUAAUGUAAUAAUAAUGUAAAUUUGUUUGUUUAUUAGUUAGGUAUUACUUUUCUUAAGCUUUAUAUAUAUGUAAAACUAUAGAUUUAGGCUAGCCGCGCACUAGUUACUUUUUCGUUGACCAACAUAAAAGUUGCUCAAUCAAAAAGUUGCUGAUAAAUUUGUGCACCACGCACUACACUGGUGAGUUGCUUUGUUAUAAAAUGGAUUUCGUUGAGACAGCAGGAAUUAUUCGUCUUAUUUUAAAAAAUAGAAAAAAAAAGAACAAAAAACGUUUUUGGGUUCAUCCAAUUAUCAGUGGGAGACUCUCAAAUGGGCAGUUUUAUAAGCUUUUUGAAAGUUUACAUAAAUAUCCUCCGAAAAUUUUCCAAUACUUCAAGAUUUGCUAUACUAGUUUUGAUAGGCUGCUGUCCCUAGUUAAAAGCCUCGUUAAAAGCCAUAUUGUACGUCAGGACACUUGUAUGCGGUUGGCUGUGCCAGUAGCAGAAAGAUUGGCUGUAACAUUAGGGUAAGACAACAUAAUAUUACAAAAGUAGGUACUUUAUUUGAAACUGAAACAUUUUAUUCUUAAACUGUAACAAAUUCUGUUACUUAUAAAUACAUAAGUAAAAUGCUUUGUUUAUAUAAAUAAACACAUAAAAGUUGUACUUACCUUCAUUUGUCUUUUCAGAAGGUGCAAGAUCUUUCCAAUUUUCUACAAACUUCUCAAAUAUUUCUGCCCACAAUUUAAGUUUCAAAUUUCGGCCCGAAUAUUCUUUUAAUUUUAUGUCAUAAAAAGGUGGACGCUUCUCAAUUUCACUAAUAAAUAGCUCUAUAUCUAAAGGCAUGUUUUUAAUUAUUAUACUUUCUUCAUGAAAGCACCGCCAAAAAUGGUAUACAAUGCAGCGAAGAACGUUUGACAAAGCCCAUGCAAGCAACUAAUUAAUCCCAAGUGCGCGCGGACAGGUCUAGACCUGUAGGUUAUAUUAUUUCAAGCAACAGUUGAAUCGCCUUCAAAAUAGAUCAAGAUGUAAUUUUUCAGUUGCCGUGAUUAAAAGGUUGCUAAUACGUGGUAUCUUAUAAAAACAAAUGCGUUUCAUUUUCGCAACUAUCCAGUUGCCGAAAAAAAAGUUGCUAGUGCGCGGCUAGCCUAAAAUAAACUGUAUUUAGUUGAAAAAAAGGUAUUUUGGUUUUUACACUCACUGGCAAAUAUGCAUUCAAAUUCAAUUUUUUUAUUAACAAACCAGCCAGUAUCAUUAACAACAACAACAAUAUAGGGUGAUUUACAUAGCUCUUGCAUUUGAUACAGGCAGAUUAGAUGCUAUCUCUACUAAUCCACCUGCAAACUGGAAAACUUCUAAUGCUUGGUAAAUCAAGGUGUAUAAAUUCUGAAUCAUAUUAGUAGGUAAUAAGUGAAUACUUUAGAGAUACAUUAAUAAAUAAACAAUAAAAUCUUAUAUUUAAAGCUCGAUUUAAAGUAACCAAAUAGGUACCAUGUUUUCUGUUUUUCAAGCCUUUCAAAGAGAAAUUAGAAAGAACUACCUCUCUUUACAAUUGGAUAAAUGGCAUCCCUGCAAAUUCUCAAUAUAGGACUAAAAUAGCCAUAAUUUCUCCUGUUAUACAGGGUGUCCUUAGAUAAACUGACACAUUUUGCAGGUAAAUAUCUCAAAAACGAGAAAAUAUAACGGGAUGCGGUUUGUUCUGGAAGGAUAAGGAUUUUUUAAAGUUUUUUUCAUGGUAUUGACGAAUCCUGGAAUUUGGUUUUACAGACAUUCGAUUUUUUGAAAUAAUUACAUACUGCCUUCUUCUCGAUGAAACACCCGGUGUAUUUUGUCAACGUCAAAAAGCGUGACUUUUCUACAUUACAAAAAUUUAUAAUUUUUUUCAAUUAUCAUGAAAUUGAAUCGUAAAAAUGGCACUUUGUUGAAGAGUGUACCAUCG